AUGGUUCAACGAGCUCUGGCCAUCUGCUCCACCUACACAACAUUAGCGGCGGAAUUUCAAGAAAUACAACGGAUAGGUGUAGCCAAUGGUUAUCCAAUAUCUUUCAUUGAUACCCGAAUUGGCAUUGGACUAAAUCAGCAAUUAGCGAAGAAUGAUUCCAACACAACAAUAGUACCCUUGAUUGGGUGUGAGAAGAAACGAAUGUAUGUAGAAAUACCAUUCAUCGGUCGACCAACGGACUUGUUGAAGAAGAGAUUCAGUCAACUGUCUGGUAAAGUUCGUCCUGAUCUCGACAUUCGCUUCUACACAAAACCUCCACCAGCUGUUCAAAUAUUCUUCCAAACCAAAGAUCCAAUCGCUAAACACAUGCAGUCAGACGUCAUCUACUCAAUCAGUUGUAUCGAUUGCAAUCAAACAUAUAUCGGUAAAACUGAAAGACAAAGUAUACGUCGUCUACGUGAACAUGGAGCACCAAAACAAUCCUUUGAUUCGCGUCCAAAUGAACAGGCAUCCAGUGAUGAGGAUGAUACAGCAACACCUAAUCCAACAUCUACAAGCUUAAGAAGGUCAUCACGUAUUCGGAACAAGAACCACAUUACUCCAACGAAUACCUCCAACACGACCAAUGACAAAAAGAGAGAAAAAGAAAAAGAAACUAUAUCUUCUCUCGCACAACAUGCUAAAGACACAGGACAUCAUAUUGAUUGGACUGGUUUCCGUGUCGUAUGGAGAGAUGACAACCCUUAUCGACUGCUAACCAAAGAAUCUUUACUGAUUCAAGCAUUCAAGCCAGAACUGAAUCGAACAACACACUCAGUAACACUUAUUGUGUUUCCAGAUGGCUUACGAAGAGAUAUGUUACCUGACCCAAACGGUUAA